ACGGUUGCAAAUUCCCCCUUCCAGUCUCCCCCAGCAUUGUGAGGCGAGCUGAAGACCCCCAGAACCACGUGACCAGCCAUGGAAUGUGAGCAGCCGCUGUGAGGGGGCGGGGCAUAGGAGUGUAAUCAUUGAUGUCACGCUACCGAACGUCUGACGCCUGCGCAGUCGGAAGCUGUCGGUGGCCGGUGUCUGGUGUCACAGCGACGGGACGGGAGCCCGGCGGACACGGACCCGGGCCCAGGCCCACAUCACCAUCAAGAUGUGUUACAUAUAACCUACACUUUCAAGAGCACUGUUCCUUGCCUCCGUAUAGCCCAGCAGUCUGUGCGGUUGUUGUUGUUGUUUUUUUUACAGGUUUCUAAAGUGUGCAACAAGAUACCGUCACCAUGGUGCAGAAGUACCAAUCGCCUGUCCGGGUAUAUAAACAUGGCUUUGAAUUAAUUAUGGCUGCGUAUGAGCGGCGUUUCCCGACAUGUCAUCUCAUCCCCAUGUUUGUUGGCAGUGAUAUCAUGAACGAAUACAUCAGUGAGGAUGGAGCAGUGCAUGUGGUGGAGAGGCGUUGCAAGCUGGAUGUUGAUGCUCCACGGCUGCUUAAAAAGAUUGCAGGAGUAGACUAUGUAUACUUUAUACAGAAAAAUUCCUUAAACAGACGGGAACGCACUCUACACAUUGAAGCUCACAAUGAGACUUUUGCUAGCCGAAUAGUUGUCCAUGAGUAUUGCUGUUACACUGUACACCCCGACAAUGAUGACUGGACCUGCUUUGAGCAGUCUGCUAGCCUGGACAUCAAGUCAUUCUUCGGUUUUGAGAGCACAGUUGAAAAGAUUGCCAUGAAACAGUACACCAGCAACAUCAAAAAGGGUAAAGAAAUCAUUGAGUAUUACUUGAAGCAAAUGGAGGAAGAGGGCAUAACAUAUUUGCCUAGAUGGGUUCCUGUCACAAAGCAGCAACAAGAGCUUCAGACAUCUACCUCAGUCCAUUCUGUGUCCCCGGCCCAGAAUAUACCUACCAUAACAUCUAGUGAUGGGCAAAGUAGCAGGGAUGCCCUAUCCUCAUCCAGUCCUCCGGAAUCCCUCAGCAGCACUCCAGACGAUAAAUUAGAUGCAGAUUACAUUAAACGUUAUCUGGGAGACCUCACACCUUUGCAGGAGAGCUGCCUUAUCCGCCUGCGACAAUGGCUUCAGGAAACCCACAAGGGCAAAAUCCCCAAAGAUGAGCACAUCCUGAGGUUCCUGCGUGCGCGCGACUUCAAUAUUGACAAGGCCAGAGAACUCAUGUGCCAAUCUCUCACCUGGCGAAAACAGCACCAAGUAGACUACCUACUAAGCACGUGGAACCCCCCACAGGUUCUGCAGGAUUAUUAUGCAGGGGGCUGGCACCACCAUGAUUCAGAUGGUCGUCCGUUGUAUUUGCUGAGGCUUGGACAGAUGGACACAAAAGGUUUGGUCAGAGCUCUUGGUGAAGAGUCUCUCCUCAGGCAUGUGCUGUCCAUUAAUGAAGAAGGGCUCCGGCGCUGUGAGGAAAAUACAAAAAUAUUUGGGCGACCCAUCAGCUCUUGGACCUGCUUAGUAGAUUUGGAGGGGCUAAAUAUGAGGCAUUUAUGGAGACCUGGCGUCAAAGCAUUGCUGCGCAUCAUUGAAGUGGUGGAAACCAAUUACCCAGAGACUUUGGGACGGCUGUUGAUCUUACGGGCCCCAAGAGUGUUUCCAGUGUUGUGGACAUUAGUUAGUCCCUUCAUAGAUGAGAAUACCAGGAAGAAGUUCCUUGUUUACGCUGGCAAUGACUAUCAAGGCCCAGGCGGAUUAAUAGAUUACAUUGACAAAGAAGUGAUCCCAGACUUUCUUGGUGGGGAGUGCAUGUGUGAUGUUCCAGAAGGUGGGCUGGUUCCCAAAGCACUUUACCGGACUCCAGAGGAACUGGAAAGUGAGGAUAUCCGACUCUGGACAGAGACAAUCUACCAGUCAGCUAGCGUGUUUAAGGGCGCUCCGCAUGAGAUUUUUAUUCAAAUAGUGGAUGCCUCCUCUGUGAUCACCUGGGACUUUGAUGUGUGCAAAGGAGACAUUGUUUUUAACAUUUACCACUCCAAGAGGGCACCACAAGUGCCCAAACGGGACACCCUUGGAGCUCAUGGCAUCACAUCUCCUGUGGGUAACAAUGUGCAGCUGAUUGAUAAGGCUUGGCAGCUGGGCCGAGAUUACAGCAUGGUGGAAUCUCCGCUGACCUGCAAGGAGGGAGAGAGUGUGCAGGGCUCUCACGUGACUCGCUGGCCGGGGUUCUAUAUCCUGCAGUGGAAAUUUCAUAGCAUGCCUGCCUGUGCCACCAGCAGCCUCCCACGUGUGGAUGAUGUUCUUGCCUCUUUACAAGUCUCCUCACACAAGUGCAAAGUCAUGUACUACACAGAGAUCAUUGGAUCCGAGGAUUUCAGGGGUUCCAUGACCAGCCUGGAAUCAAGCCACAGUGGUUUCUCGCAACUCAGUGCUGCCACCACCACCUCUAGCCAGUCUCACUCAAGUUCCAUGGUGUCCAGAGAGCCCCUCCCUCUGUCUGAGUCCAUGCUCCCUUCUCUCACUCACCCCCAAGACCUGAAGUCCUGUCCGGAUGGGCUCCUGCGCCUCUCCCCUUCCUUCUGGGGCCAGCACUUUUCCACUCUCUACACCCUCAGACCCCCCGUCUUCCUGCGUUGGCCCCCCUCCUGGCGCCUCCCAUUCAUCCGGGAGGCUGUGGGAACUACUGCCAUCGAGACAGAGGGCUCCGACUCUUCCUGAGGCCAUGCGGAAGGUUUAGGGUGUCAGAUUGGUUUACAAAAAAAGUUGACGUUCUAGCUUACAGCUCCCUACCUGAUCAAAUAAUGCAAAAUGAAAAUGGUUGUUGUUGGAAACCUUUUCCAUUGCACUCAUGUGGAGGAGUUGGCAUACAUUGCUCACGUAACAUCUUCAUCAUAUCCUUCAAUACUUAAUGUAAGAGCUGUGAUAUUCUUACGCAAUAGCAACACAGCAUCUUCUAACCACCUGCUGGAGAGGUUGGGCAACAUUACACAAUCCUGCAAUCUCGUCCAUUCUGACUCCUACUGAAACCGUUCCUUUUCUUAGAUGUUAAUGAGUACUUGACGUAUGCCAUAUGCUGUGGUGAGAUAGGGGCGGUUGUUGAACAGCACUUCAUUCUACCAUUGUUAGCCAUAUGGUUUCUCCCAGCCAUAUACUACCACUGUCACAGUUGUUGGGAUUGGCUAUCAGCACAGUGUGUUGAUAAGUUUCCUUCACCAAGAUCUUUAGUUGGGCAGAGAAAAUGAACAUUCCUGAGGAAAUACCAUUCAAAGAAAGCGACAACCCUUUGUAAAUGAAUGCAGAAUUUGUAUAUUCUAUUACUGGUUGGUGAUAUAGGGUGGAUAGAACAUAUUUGUAGAAACAUUUUGCAUGUAGUAGUGGAUCAUUUCUUUAGACUUUGCCUGACUUAACUUCAAGGGUUGUUGAGUGUAAUGGUUAUUCUCUUCUGUGGUCUAGGAAAUGUAAGCCAGCUAGUCCACUGAUGGAACAUCUGGAUCAAAGAAUAUGAUUCUUGUAAAGGAAAUUCUAAUUAAGGAGACUUUAUCUCCCUGCAUUGUGUUCCUCCAAAAUGACUGGCUUUUUUCACCAUCUAGUCAUUGUAAGAGUUGGUUUACAGUAGCUGACCAUGGUCGAGCUGGGAAUUGCCCCUAGUUGGACAAUUUUGGUGAUAUGCCAACAAAUGUGCUGGGCCAAUGGCUUUAGUUUCCUAGACGUUUUUUUCUUUCAGUGAUGACUGUUUAUCUCCUGGUGGGAUAUAUUGAACGUUAAAGUAACAAUUUUGUGCUCCACAAAUCUUAACCAUUUCACUUCCUCAAGAUAGUGCAUCAAAGUAGGUUUUCCUGUUUCCCUAGACCAGUCUGAGACUAAUUGUUUUUGAAAGUGCCAGAAUAUAUUGAUCUGUGUUUUUAAAAGGUUUAUCCUAUAUAAUUAUGUUCCUACUUGAGUAUUCCUAGUCUUAAACUUUUUUUUUUUUUUUUUUUUAACUCCAAUGCACUAUUCUGCAUUGCUCAAAAAGAACCUGCCUGUUACAUAGAAAAUGUACUGUAUUUGUCAUCUUCUGAAGGUUUUGUGACCACAUUUUUGGCAACUGUGCUAGUUAUAACUGUGAGCUCAUGUAAUCAGCGUGUCACACUCACUAGCAAUGCCCAGAAUACAUGUUAACGCAGGAGAGAAUGCAAGUCUGAUAUUUCAUAUAAUAUCCUGCCCACUCUGCCAAAGAAUGAUAAUAUCUGCAUGUACUAAGCUAGUCGCCAAUGUAACACUCAUUAAGACAUUGCCGUUUUAGAUUUGUAAAGCUUCAUAGAUCAAAGCCAGAAUAUGACAUUUGCACCAAAGAGGCCAUACACAUACUAGAAACUAGUUAAAUUAUGAAUGCGUAUGGUCCCUCUACAUUUAUUUAUUAGAUCACUGUUAUUACACCCUGAUGAAGGGUGGCUGUAGUGGAUAUCCCUGAGAAUAAUGGUCUGUUCACACAAUGUAGACUGUUGCCAUAAGGGCACUAGUCCUUCACAGUGUUGUCUGUGGUAUUACUAGGGACAGAUCUGCUCAUGCAGUUGUUGUGUGGCAUAUCUGACAGGUUAAAAUAAUGCACAAUUAUCCCAUAUUUUAUAUCAUGGAUGAUCACAGCACACGCAUUUCUCCACUGAUGUAGUUCCCGGUUUGCGUUUGAAACUCUGAAUGAUAACCAGUCACCACUUCUCCCUCUUUGUAUUGUGAGCCUAUCCCUAUUCUCCUGGAAAUAAGGGCUUAUUUCACAGAUGACAUGGCUGUGCCUUGUUCACUGGAUACUGUGUAGAUUCCUUACCCUGCUUUUUUCAGCAUGUAUUCAUUCCACCCAGCGUUAACAUACAAGUCUCACAUUUAAGACAUUUUGCAACAGCUUGUAUGACGUGUCCAGUUUUAGAGAGCCAGGGAUCGCUAAUCUUCAGGUCAGAUCCUUGGAGAGCUUAUUUGCACACUUUAUUUCAGGGGUGGGGAACCUUUGGCCCUCCAGCUGUUGUUGAAUUACACAUACCAGCAUGCUCUGCUACAGUUUUGCUAUUUGGCCAUGCUAAAACUGUUGCAGGGCACGCUGGGAUGUGUAGUUCAACGACAGCUGGAGGGCAGCGGGUUCCCCACCCCUGCUUUAUUUCUAUCAAAUGUUGUUUUUUAAUGUUUGCAAUUUUUGUUGAAACUUGCAUAUCAGCUGUAAGGUUUCUGUUUCCUUCCCACCCCUUGUCCCCAAAAUAUGGAAUGGAUGUGUGUGUGUUUGAAAAUAGUACAUCAUAAUGACAUGACCUCAAGCUCUGUUCUAACAAUUAAUUUAACAUACAGGUAGCUUUUCAAAGCAUUUUUUAAUUGUUAACUAUAAUAAACAUUGAUGCUGUAUAAA